UCUAACUUGAUUAUUAUUAUCAUCAUUGUGUUGUUGUUUUUGUUGAUAAAUAUUCAAUUCAUCUUGUCAUUUUGAUUUUAGAGUAAAUUAAUAGCAAAUAGCAACUACAAACAAUGUCUCGGCUUGAAGUUAAUGUAAGAAGAUUACUUGCUAAAUGUGAAUUAAUGGCAAAGGAAGAUGUUAGUGAAAAUUGGAGAUUAGAAAAGUAUGUUUUGGCACUUGAUGAAUUGGUUAAAAAAUUGAAUGAUGAUUUGAUAGAUAAACCAGCUAAAGAUACAAUUUCUGAAUAUAUAAAAAGAACUAAAUUUCUCAAAGGAAUCAUUGAAACAGCAAAAUUGUCUAGUCCAAUUGAACGAAUUGCAGCAACUCAAAUGUUAAGUAAAACAUCAUCAUCAUCCUUAUCAUCAAUAUCCAAUGAUAAUAACAAUACAUCCAGUAUAACAACUCAAAUACAUCAAAAAACAUCAGCAAAAUACAACAAAGAAUUGAGAGCUGAAUUAUUUAAUUCAAAUUCAUCAAAAGAUGGUCUUAAACAACGUUUAUUGAGUCCAUCAUCAAAUCAAGAUGACGAUUUAAAUUCAAUUCUUAAAUACAAUAAUGAUAUGCAAGAAAAAAUAGCUGAAAAUAUGAUGAUGAUGACAUCAAGUAUGAAAGAACAUGCAUUAACAGCAAAUGCAUUUAUAACAAAAGACGUUAAUAAACUUAUUAAAUCAGAUGAAUUAACUGAUAAAAAUACAGAAAAAUUAAAAAACGAAACAUUAAGACUUGAGGAACAUACUAAAUCACAAUGGAGAUGUUGGGUUUGGAUUAUGGUUGUAUUUGUUUUGACUGUUUUUUUCAAUAUGAUUAUAUUUAUGAAAUUUGCCAAGAAAAAAGUAUGAUUAUCACAUUUAUUUACAAAAAUAAAUACUACUGCUAUUUUAUAAAUUUGUUUUUGCUGUUAUUUAUAAUUUAUUUAAUAAAAUUUUAUUAUAUUGUA